AUGACGAUCUUCAAGUCCUCACAGCCACCGCUUGAGAUGCCAUGGCAUCUCCCGGUAUGGACGUGGCUGUUCGAUUCAGAGUACAGUCCUCUCCGCAAUUUCCAGCCAGGCGAGAUCAAGGGUUUCACCAACGCCAUAACCAAGGAGCACUUAAGUUACGCAGAUCUCAAGACGCACACUACACACUUGUCGACUGCUCUCGUGAAGAAGUACGGUCUCCAGCAAGGCCAAGCGGUGGCUCUCUUCUCGCCAAACACAGUGUGGUACCCAUGCGCCAUGUUCGGCACGUUGCGAGCAGGAGGCGUCGUGUCGGGUGCUAGCCCGGCAUACAACGUCGAGGAGAUGAGCUACGCUCUCAAAACGGCAGAAGCAAAGUUCCUCUUCACCGUUCCAGGAAGCAUGGCCGUUGCGUCCGCGGCCGCGAAGAACGCCGGGAUCCCACAGGAGAACGUUUUCCUGCUCGAAGGCACUAUGGCCGGCUUCACCAACAUGUCGGAGCUCCUCGAGAUCGGCAGGUCUUACGGGUCUUCCAACCAGAUCGAGCAGUUCAGACUGCCUCCCGGCAAGAAGAACAAGGACGUCUGCGGCUACCUCAGCUUCUCCAGCGGCACAACCGGUCUGCCCAAGGCAGUCAUGAUCGCGCACAGCAACGUGAUAGCGCAGUGUCUGCAGGUUCGACAAAUCACACCCCCGACGCUCCGGAAGAUCCUGGCCGUGUUGCCCCUGUUCCACAUCACAGGGUUGGUGCACCAGCUCAGCUUGCCCGUGCUGUUGAACGCGAACGUGUACAUGCUUCCCAGCUUCACCAUGGACAGCAUGCUCGCGACGGUGCAGGAGUACAAGCUCGAAGAGCUACUGCUCGUGCCCCCGAUUCUGAUCCGCUUGGUGCGUGACGAGCAGACAGUCUGCAAGUACGACCUCAGCAGCAUCAAGCGCUUCUCGUCCGGAGCAGCACCCCUCUCAGCCGAGAUUCUCGAACUGUUGAAGAAGAAGUUCCCCGGGACCGGGUUCAAGCAAGGCUACGGCAUGACGGAGAGCUGUAGCUGCAUCACCGCCCACCCUCCUGAAAAGUACGACUACAAGUACGCAUUCCGCGUCGGGACGAUCGUGGCAAGCACCGAGGUCAAGAUUGUCGACCCGGAGACGGGAAAGGAGUGCGGGCUGAACGAGCCCGGUGAGAUAUGGGCGAGAGGACCGCAGGUGGUCAUGGGCUAUCUCAACAACAAGCGCGCAACGGACGAGACUUUUGACAAGGACGGGUUCCUGCACACGGGUGACAUUGGAACCAUUGACGAGGAAGGCCUGCUCACCAUCACGGACAGGUUGAAGGAAAUGAUCAAGGUCAAGGGCAUCGGAGUCGCGCCAGCCGAGCUGGAAGAUUUGCUCCUGGGACAUCCUGACGUCGAGGACGUGGCUGUUCUGGGCAUCUCGGACGACUAUUCUGGCGAGAGACCCAAGGCGUAUGUUGUCUUGAAGUCGUCGAAACGCCGUGACCCCGAGACCGUGGGCAGAGGCUUGAUCAAGUACGUCCAGGACAAAAAGGUGCGGCAUAAGUGGGUCACCGAGGUCGAAGUGGUGGACGAGAUCCCCAAGUCGCCCAGUGGGAAGAUCCUGCGGAGAGUCCUGAGAGACAUGAGCAAGGCCGGUAAGAAGGGCGUCGUGAUCAAGGAUGAAAAGGUCCGAUCGAGACUCUGA